UUUGUCUUCCAGAAAAAGUGCGGUAAAGGUUAUAAGUUUGUUCUUGGACAAUGCAUUCCCGAAGACUAUGACGUUUGUGCAGAUGCUCCUUGUGAACAGCAGUGCACCGACAACUUUGGACGAGUCUUGUGUACGUGCUAUCCUGGUUAUCGGUAUGACCGCGAAAGACACAGGAACCGAGAAAAACCCUAUUGCUUAGAUGUUGAUGAGUGUGCCACAAGCAGUGAGCCUCUCUGUCCUCACAUCUGUGUAAAUACUCUUGGUAGCUAUCGGUGUGACUGUCAUGAAGGAUACAUACGUGAGGAUGAUGGGAAAAUAUGCACCAAAGGAGAUAAAGGCUUUUCUGAGAAGGUGGACAAUGUGGUGAAGCCAGGGGCUUGUUGUGCCUCCUGCCGAGAAUUCCACCAGAUCAAACAGACGGUCCUGCAACUGAAACAGAAGGUUGCUUGGCUACCAAAUAAUGCUGUUGACCUUAAUAAGCCAAUCACAGGAGAAAAAGUGCUUGCAUCCAAUGCUUACGUACCUGGCCCUCCUGGACAGCCAGGGGAUCGGGGUCCUCCAGGGGUCGCCGGUCCAAAAGGGAGCCCUGGAUUUCCUGGCUCCCCUGGUCCUCCUGGGGUGCCAGGCCCUAGAGGAGCCAUGGGGCCGAUGGGACCAUCUCCAGACCUCUCUCACAUUAAGCAGGGCAGAAGAGGGCCUGUGGGUCCUCCAGGUGCACCAGGAAGAGAUGGAGCAAAGGGUGAGAGAGGUGCACCAGGAGAAAAGGGCCCACCUGGUCCACCAGGCUCCUUUGACUUCUUGUUGUUGAUGAUGGCAGAUAUCAGGAAUGACAUUGCUGAGCUUCAAGAGAGGAUCUUUGGACACAGGACUCAUUCAUCAGCAGAGGAGUUCCCACUACCUCAGGAAUUUGCUAACUACCAGGAUGUGGACGUUGGAUCUGGAGAAGACUAUAAACAGAGGACUAUACCAGAAGACUCCAGGACAUCUGAAGAAGGCAAUCAUUGAAAAGAAAAAAAGGACCUCUGCUUUGGAAAGAGUGAGAAGGGGUUGGGUUUGUGAUCCACAGGUCACUUAAGCCAGCUUAUUUGCACACACCUCAGCUUAACAGUAGAAAACAAAUCAGUGGAUUGUAAGACUCUGUGUCAGGAGAGUUACGACAUCCCUUUCCCUAAAUGUUAUAGCCCAGACAAACCAUUAGGCAAGGUAGGUUAUUCAUGAUGCUAUAUCAAAGUCUUGUCUUGCAGUUUCUUCCUGUAUCAAGGAGAUUUCUGGCUUUUUUUUUGCCUCUCAGGAUGCUUGGGAAUUUUAUUUGGAACUUCUUGGGGUACUUUUGAGCUUACUUAUAUUACCUACCCACACUUCCCAAUCUGAAGAAGCCCUACGAGAGGAUUAACAUACGGUGGUACCUUGGUACUCAGCGUUAAUUCGUUCUGGGAGGUGUGACAGGUACUAAAAAGGAUGAGUCCCAAACAAACCAUAUGACCUACCACGUGAUCCUUUGUUUUGGGAGGAACUUUCUGACUCUCCGUUUUCCUAUGUCAGUGACCUUCCCAUCAUGGCCGACUUUCUGUCCAUCCUCUAUGGCUGUUCCCCUUCUUUUUGCAAUGACCGUCCCACCAUGGCUGACUUCCUGUCUGUUUCUCACAGCCACCCCUCUCUUCCUAUAGCAUGCAUCAAAUACUAAACAAAAGCCGAGUACUGGGACAUUUUCACAUCAAAAUGCAUUGAAAAUCAAAUUUGACAAGUUUUGAAGCAGUCAAGUACCCAGGUACCACUAUAGUGCCUUUCUUCUGGAUUUAAUGAAAGCGUAGGAAGCAUGAACUGGAGAGCUGAUUGUACAAUGGAACAUCCAUGAGAAGGACAGGACAAAGUCAUCUUCAUUCAGAACUUUCUUACGAUGGCCAAUCAGUUGCCUCUCAGGAGCCCACAAAGAAGAGACAGAAAAAUGACUUUUCUACCAAUCUUCCCCUGACGACCUAUUGGCCUCAAUUGGGUAACGUUGCAUCUUCAUCAUGAAUAAUUCAAUUUCAAUUUCAAUUUAUUAGCAUUUGUAUGUCGCCCACUCCCAUUGGGACUCUAUUCCCCCAUUGGGAAUAGCUUUGAUGGUUUUCUCUAGAAAAAAAAUAAUCUUCCUUUUAAGUGGAAACCACUAAAGCUGCUCUGCUUUUAAAAAAAAAAGCUUUUGUGUUGGUGUUUCCUUUAGUGUGCAAGAAUUGGUUAGUUGGAGCACUCAAUCAUCCGAUCCCUCAUUGAUGCUUGAGGCACUAGAGCUAGUCCUCAAUUUAUGACUAUAAUGGAGCCUGCCCAUUAUAGUCGUAAGUCAUGAGAGCCGUAAAGCAGAUCACCCAUUAACCGAUCAGAUUCUGAGUUCUUUUUUUCAAAGAAAAUGUUGUAAGUCAUGUGACCAUAGGACACAUCAGACAGCUGUAAAAGUGGGCUGGUUGCCAAACGCCAAAAAUUCGGUCAUGUGACCACGGGAUGUCAUCUGUCACAACCAGGAUUGCCUCCAUCAUGCAAUAGAUUAACAACAGCACAUUAAGGACAAUCUAACACAGGGGCUAUGCUGACUGGAGAAUUCUGGGAGUUGAAGUCCACCAGUCUUAAAGUGGCCAAGUUUGAAGACCUCUGAUCUAAACAUCUGUAACAGCAAAUGUUCUGAAAGCAGCAAGGUUGCUCCAGAUGCAUCAGUGUAGCUCUCCAGGCAAAGAAACCUGGAUGUUGGCUACAGUACUGUGGCUGAAACGGUUUGUAGAUUGCACUGUUAAAAAGUUGUACUCUAUUUUAAACAUGCACUGAGAAUGUAUAAAGUUAUAUAAAUUUUUUAUUGUCCGACACUUUUUCUUCUGCUUGAAUUGGACUCUUCCGUCUUCACCAGAGAGAUUACCUUAGCCGUAUGCACCUGAACCUAGAAC